AGGAUCAAGCAUGCCCGGAGUGGACGACCCUCGCGGGUGCCCUCACAGUACCAAGGGCAUUUCAGUUGGGAGAAAUACCUGAAAGAAACGGGUGCCAACGCUGCACCUGCUUCCUGCUUCAGACAGAGCCUCACACCUCCAGUUAAUGAGUUCAAGGCGGGCAUGAAGCUGGAGGCCCAGGAUCCACGAAACACCACGUCCACCUGCAUCGCAACAGUGGUUGGCUUGACAGGCUCACGGCUGCGCUUACGCUUAGAUGGGUCUGACAACAAGAAUGACUUCUGGCGCUUGGUGGACUCCUCAGAGAUCCAGCCUAUUGGCAACUGUGAGAAGAAUGGAGGCAUGCUGCAGCCACCACUCGGUUUUCGUCUCAAUGCGUCCUCUUGGCCAAUGUUCCUUUUGAAAACACUUAAUGGAGCUGAGAUGGCACCGUCUCGCAUAUUUCACAAGCAGGAGCCUCCAGCCCCAGAGCAGAAUUCCUUCCAGGUGGGCAUGAAGCUGGAAGCGGUGGACCGUAAAAAUCCCCACUUCAUCUGCCCGGCCACAGUGGGUGCACUGCGUGGAGUCGAGGUGCUGGUCACCUUUGAUGGCUGGAGAGGAGCUUUUGACUACUACUGCCGCUAUGACUCGCGUGACAUCUUCCCUGUUGGCUGGUGCGCCCUCACUGGAGACAACCUGCAGCCGCCUGGGACCAAAGUAGUGUUGCCUAAGAGCCUUGGAGCAUUGACAGACGGUAGUGUGGAGAGCCCAGCCAUGCACUCUGCCCCCACGGUGGGCAGGCCUCCGGUUCAGAGAGGACGUAAGCCUGGCCGCAGGAAAACCAAGGUGACGGUGCCCUGGAGUCAGAAGGGAUCAGCGUUGGGACCACAGAGCAUCCAGCCAGGCAAAGCUCUGGAGCCCAUCAAGAUCCCCAAGAAACGUGGGCCCAAGCCUGGCAGUAAGCUGGGCUGGGCAAAGAGAACUGGCUGGCUGGAAGAAGCCAUGGCUGGCCCAGGACGGCCAGUGACAGGCCCAGGGCGGCCAGUGACAGGCCCAGGGCGACCCAGAGGCAGACUGCCUGCCAACUGGGCACAGAGGAUAGCUUUGCAGCAGGCUCAGACUCAGGCAGAACCUAUUAAGAUCCCUAAGAAAAGAGGGCCCAAGCCUGGCAGCAAGAGAAAACCACGCGUGGUACCUAAUCCCGUCCCCACGUCUCCCACCAGCAGCACCCCAGAGCCCGACACCAGCACUGUGCCUCUGGACAACGCCACCAUCCCAAACUCAGCACUACAGGCUCCCACAGUUUGUGUGUACCUAAACAAGUACGGCAAGGUGGGGCCCCAUUUGGACCAACGGCGAAUCCAGCAGCUCCCGGACCACUUUGGGCCAGGCCGGGCCUCUUCGGUGCUUCAGCAGUGCGUCCAGGCGUGUGUGGACUCUGCCCACAACCAGGCCACAGUCUUCUCCUGCCUCAAGUCUGGCCAAGGCGGUGAAGUCAUUUCAGCUUACUUUGACCAGCAGCAUCACACCUUGACCCUGCCCACAGUCAGUAGUGUCACCUACGUCCUCCGCUUCCUGGAAAAACUCUGCCACAACCUUCACUGCGAUCCUCUGUUUGGCAGCCAGCCUGUCGCCAGAGGUGGCGUGCACUACGACAGUCACACGUACACUACAGAUAGAAGAAGUUUUGGAGAUAACCUGACGACAGGCCCGGGCCGAGGCACUAAGCGGUUCCUCCAGGAGUCCUAUAACAGUCCCCUGCCUCAGAAACUGGCCAAAAUCCCCCGACACUCCAAUGAUGGAGAGUCCUUCAUGGAGAACAACGUUGCUGCAUCAGAGCACUUAAAGAAGAGCCCUCUAUCCCCAAACUGCACAGGCCAAACAGCUGGGCUAAGGUCUCCCUCCAAGCUGCUGCAUCAUAACAACUCCACAGGUUCGGGCAGUUUUCGGGAGAGCCCCAGGCCCAGUGGUCAGGACCCCAACCUGUGGACAGUAGAGGAUGUCAUGCAGUAUAUCAGAGACAUCGACCCAGUGCUGGCACCACAUGCUGACCUUUUCAGAAAACAUGAGAUUGAUGGGAAAGCACUCCUCUUGCUGCGUAGCGACAUGAUGAUGAAAUACAUGGGCUUGAAGCUCGGUCCAGCCCUUAAACUCACCUUUCACAUCGACAAGCUCAAACGGGCCUGAGGAGGUCAGCUGACCAGCCACAACCUUCCAAAGGACUAAAUUCCAACCCCUGCCUCCCUGUUCUAGGAUCAGUAUAUAAUGCACUGCAUAUUGAACAUAUACUGACCAUUACAUGUAGCAACUUCCAUCAAAUCACCAUAUCCGGUAUUACAUACCCCUGUCCUGACCUCAUCCAAUGAGGAAUGUUUAUUUUGUGUAGCACAAUCCAGCCCUAAGGCAGCAUGGGAUACGUAGGAUCACCCACUUGUCCGUCAUCUGUUUUGCAUUUCAGUAUAACUUGAAGAGUCAUAUGUGGCCAUUUCAACUGUAGAAGGCUUUUUUGGCCUGCUUUUAUUAUGUUACAUUUAUUCUGUACAUUUCAUAUUUUGUACUUCAUGAAUAUAUGGACUUGUAUUUUUGCCUUUUUGAACGGUUUGUGUCAGAUAUGCUAAAAGAAAGAAAACCCUAAAAGAAUAAAGGAUAUCACUACAUUCAUUCCAAUAGUUGGGAAUGCUUCUAAUAAACGUCUCAGUUUGAGGCAGGAUUUUGAAACUGCGAGAAUAUUGAUCAUGGGGGGAAAAAUCAUGUUUUAUGAAAGGACAACAAAACAUUUAUUCUUAAAAUACUGCCAUGAGGAAAUCUGUUUUUUUCUCUUAUUCUGAAUGUUGUUUACAAUGCCUUGUCUUGUCUUUGUUAUUUGUACUUUUUUAAUUUUUUAUACUAUAUUAUUAGAGUUCCUACAUGGAGAGCCCUAUCAUACUUAACAUUGUUCAAUAAAUAUAUAAUAAUUAAA